CCAGGGGAAAGGUUUCAAUGUAACACCACAACAUUGAGCUUUCAGACAGCACAGCACCAUGGUUCUGUCUGCAGCCAGUCGGCACCUCCUUAGGGGCAGUAGGAUUGGUGCCUGGGGGCAGCUGCUCCCCAGGAGGAGCGGAUCUGUAUACACCACUGCCAAUGGGUUCCAGGAGAAGGAGAUCAGAGAGAAACUCCAAGCUUUCCCUGGGGGGUCUAUAGACCUUGUCAAACAGGAGUCAGGCAUCGCAGUGCUCACCGUCAACAACCCUGCUCGCAUGAACGCUUUCUCUGGUUCUAUGAUGGUGGAGCUGGAGGAGAGGAUGUCCCAGCUAGAGGAGUGGACGGAAGGGAAAGGUCUCAUCAUCCAGGGGGCUGCUGGGACAUUCUGCUCUGGGUCAGACCUCAACGCUGUCAGGGCUAUAUCCAACCCUCAGGAUGGGAUGAAGAUGUGUAUGUUCAUGCAGAAUGCCCUGACCAGGCUACUGAGGCUGCCUCUGUUCUCCGUAGCUCUGGUGGAGGGGAGCGCACUGGGAGGAGGGGCUGAGCUCACUACUGCCUGUGACUUUAGGUUGAUGGCACCAGGCAGUGUGAUCCAGUUUGUCCAUAAACACAUGGGUCUGGUCCCUGGUUGGGGCGGUGCAGCUAGAUUGGUACGCAUCGUAGGCAGCCAGAACGCCCUGAAGAUGCUGGGUAAUGCCCUGAAUGUGGACCCAGAGAUGGGGCUGCAGAUUGGGCUUGCGGAUGGGGUCCUGGAGGGUCCCCUGGCUGGGUCUGGAGCCAAUGCCCUCCUGGAGGCAGAGCAGUGGUUGGGCUGCUACACCAAGGGUCCAUCCCCGGUCAUCAGAGCCAUAAAGAAAGUGGUGGUGUCAGGGAGAGAGCUCCCCCUGGAGGCAGCCCUGAGGACUGAGAGGGAUGUGUUCGGGACAGUGUGGGGAGGACCGGCUAACCUACAGGCUCUGGCCAGCAAGGCCAAACACAAGUGAAUUAACUUAGUCUUGUGAUUACAUUGUAUUCUCGUCCUAAUGUUCUGAAGAAACCUAGAACGGCUGGAGUCGAAACUGUGAACCAACCCACGCUGCGAAUACUGAACUGGAACAUUAGGAUGCAAUGUAGAGGGUCUGAACUAAACUAGAACACACUUAACUAGUGUAUUCAUUCUGCCGAUUCUGUUGCUGAAGGUCUCAUAAAACAGAAGCAAACGAAACCUACCCGAAUUUUUCCAAUAGCAACUAGUUUUAGUUGGAAACGUUUUGCAACCAUUUGGCGGAAUGAAUACACCCCUGGACUGUGCUAGGAGUGUGACAGCACCUUAUGGGGGAUUUAUAUUGCUGUGUUGAGUGACCACUAACAAUCAAUUCAUUAUUUUAGUGAAGGAAUUGUUAGUGACUGUUGGGACAAUUAUAUGGACCCAUCUAAA